GUUUUCAAGUAGGACGUUACGUUAGAUUUUGAGGGUGGUUGUUACCUACAUGUCAGUGCCUGGCAAAUGCUAAAAACAGUGCCAAUUUUAAAUUUGUGCAAAUUAAACUAUGACCGAAAACUCAAGCGAGAGUUGUAUCUUCUUUAAAAAACGUAGUCGCAAAAAUGUGCGACAAAAAGAAAGUUCAUCCAGUGAAGAUGAAGCAGUUAUUAAGACUAAGAAAAGAAGUCAUAUCAAUAAUAUGUUAUAUCAACAGACUUCAAAAUUUGGCAAUAAUAAGAAAUGUUCAUCGGAUGAUGAUGAUGACAACGAUAAUGCUGGUAGAAAAAGUGCUCUUGAAACAGUCACAUAUAAAGCUUCACAUUCCAAGGAAUCAAGGGUUACAAAAGAUCAAAUAGCAGCCGCCACCUUGGAGAUUGAUACAGACAUCAAGUGUGAUGCCCAGUCUAUAUUUGAGCGUUCUCAGAAAUUAAAUAAGGAUUCUCAAGAUCGUAAUUCAUACAAGGGGAUGAAUAACUAUGCUCAGUACAUUGAAAAGAAAGAUACUGUUAUGGGGAAUGCAUCAAGUGGUUUUAAUCGUAAAGGUCCUAUGCGAGCUCCAGCAAAUUUAAGAGCUACUGUUAGAUGGGAUUAUCAACCGGAUGUUUGUAAAGAUUAUAAAGAAACAGGAUUUUGUAGUUUUGGUGACAGCUGCAAAUUUCUUCACGAUAGAUCAGAUUAUAAGCAUGGUUGGCAAAUAGAACAGGAGUUAGCUGAAGGAGUCUAUGGAAUUGAUGGUGAAGAUAAUCGUUAUGAAAUUGUUCAUAAUUCUUCUGACGAAGAAGUAGUAGAAGACAUUCCUUUAAUUUGUAUGAUAUGCCGCAAAGAUUAUAAAGAUCCGGUUGUAACUAUUGUCUACAGUCAUUGUACCUUUUUAAUUUGCAGUUUGUUGACAUUAAUGUCUUCAGACGUUGAUGAUGGUUUUGAGGUUCCUUCUGUCCCUGCACCUUUUAAAGGCUUGGAGAAAGAUUGGAUUGAAACAAGAAAAAGGCAAGCGUUAUUUCUUCGUCAAGCUUUGCUCAUAGUUGAAAGAUUUGCACGCAAUCCUGUUAGUGUCACUAUGUUAGCAUGUGCCUUACCGUGGUUGGAGCGUGAGCAAUAUGACGAUAUUGCUGUCGAACGAAAUGCAUACGGGAAUUGUGGUUAUGCCUUAUGCUGUAAUCCUAAGGGCCAAACCAGCAAACAGAAGUAUCGCAUAUGCACAAGAUCACAUAGAGUGUACGAUAUAACCGAGCGCAGGCCAUUUUGUUCAGAUUGGUGUUUUCGUGCUUCAAGGCAUAUACGUAAACAAAUUUCGAAAGAGCCAGCUUGGUGUCGUUCAGUUGACAGUCUGAAAUCUUGUAAUAUUGAUCUUUUACCUCGGAAUGCAUCAGGACAUGUUGGUAAAGUAAUUUUAGACGUUCCAAAUCGUUUACUUUUGACGGGAUCUGAAAGCGAUUCCAGUGUUGAGAAUGAAUCAGAUAUGCUUGAUGAAUUGAACUCAUCUAAGUUAUCCAACAGUACGAUUGAGUGUACACGUCUAGGUCUUGAGAAACUUCAGCUUGAAAUGAAUGCUAAAAAUAAUUUACAAAUUGGUGAUAUUCAUCAGCGUACAAUUGGUCCUAUUGAAUCAAAAGCUGUUUGUGAAAAUAAUCAAACAGAGACAUCUAUCACUUCAUUCGAUUCCAAACAAGUUUUAGUGGAUCAUAAUAAUAGUAGUAAUGACUCUAACAGUAAUGCAUCAACUGUACCGACUCCUUUGAGUGAUAGAAUUUCAAGACGUUUAUGUGAAUGGCUAACUGAAAAAGCUCUUGAUAUACUUACCACUUAUUCGUUUACAACUGAACAGUCCACUUUGACAAGUGAAGUGCACAACAGAGUUCUACAACAGUUUUACUCUAAAUAUAAUUUAUCAAAAAAGAAAAACCGGGAAAAUAAUAAUCCUGUGUCCGAAGUGCCACUUACUUGUGUACUGCCGUUAAUUGAUUCCGUUUCACCUCAGGUUCUUAGAAGACAAAUCCUUUUGGAUGAUCUUAAACACAGUAUGCAUCGGAUAUUAUCUGUUUUGCGAGUAAAUCCCUAUUGUGCAUACCGAAGAUUAGAAAAUUCUGUUCUUCAUUUCAAUUUAACUUGCAAAAAUGUACACUUGAACCCUUCUGAAAGUCAGCUAAUGGCUCUAGUACUCCUGCGUCUUAUGGCAAAUGUUGAACCUACUCUCAGUGAACUAACAAACAAUGAAUGUGUCGCUCACUUUUUGAAGUCAAUGCAUGGACCACCUCCAAUAAUAUUUAUUAAUAAGAUUAUUAAUCGGGUAUUAAGACUGUAUAAUGUAGAAUCCGAUGAUGAUUCGCCAUCAGAAGAUUAAGUUUUAUGACGAUUUUUUAAAUUGCAUUGCAUGCUGCAGUGUUGAUGUGAUAAUGUUUGUCGUGAUUGGAAUCUUAACGGUGAAGCCUUCAUGUAGAUUUUGUACAUAAAGUGUAAAAAGGUAACUUGUGGUAGU